AUGGACUUAACCAUUGAUACUAUUGCACAGAAUAUCUAUGAAUGUGAAACGUGCUGUAAUCAAGCAAGCCGAGUAGAAAUCAAAGGCAGAAGAGAAAAUCAAGUUUGGUAUUUGAAAAUAUCAAAACUAGCAUUGGCUUUUGCAAUUAUUCGCUCAAAGCCACCAGGGAAGAGUUGCAAAGAAUAUACUGAACACCUUGCCAAAACUGUAUCCGAGCAAGAUUUUGGAAGGAUAUUGAAAGUUGAAGUACUGGAAGCUGAAGUUCUUCGCUUACGUCGGGAACUUCUUUUGAGCAAGAUCUGUCCAAGAUUCUGCUUGGAAAAUGGAAAACCAGAUGCCUCUGCUGAAACUCUUCUGGAUCAGGAGUGUAUAAACCCUGUGAGUUACUCAAGCCAGCUUGAAGACUCUGGAUGUGAUGUCUCUAAUGACUGUGCAUUCAGUUCUUUAGGCAUAGACUCUGAUUUUCACCAAUCUGAGCAUAAUAUUGACCCUUCUAAACAUUGGUUGGAAACAAUUUCCCCAUUGAAUCUUUGCUGUACGAGCAAGGAGGAAUCCCUGACUGCUCCAGUGCAGUUUUUGCAACAUCUGCUUGAAAUAAGAAAACUAUCAGAAGGAGGGAUUCUUCAAGCAGACUUCACAGAGCUUGAGAACGAUCCUUUCACCAUAUGUAAUUCAGUGUCUCAGUUGCUUGAUGGACUGACUGUUUUUUACAAGAGUCCUAAAUUUCCAGUUUCAAAUGUUCUUACUGAAGCAGUUUCUGUUUUGAUCAGUUUAAUAACUGAUACUAAAUUAUCUAAUCAUGUUUUGAAGAAGUGUUUCAAGAAGUUGGAAGAAUUUAAGAAAAAUCUAAUUCAGAUUAUUUUAAGAAACGGCAGUGUCAACAGGUUUCAGGCACUGUAUGCUGUAUCACACACACUGGCUUUGCUAGGAAGGAACAACAUACUAAGAAAUUCUUUAAUAUCUCUUCUACUAUCAGAAGUACGUCAAUUUGCUGAGCACCUAUUGCAAGCUCACCAGAUCCAGGCCAUGUAUGACAUUACCCAGUAUGAGAAUAUUUUUCCUUUGUGCAUGAUUCUGGAACAACUUCUUCAAAAUGAGACAGAAGAAAGUAAUGUUUCAAGCUCAGACUAUGAUGGAGAAGAAAAAAUCAAAUUUCUGAAGAACCUUGAUCAAAUUAUUCUUCAUCUCUCAGAUGAAUACCCUUUGUUUUCUUUGUAUUUAUGGAGAGUGAAUGUUCUUUUGAACUCAGCUCAAAUACAAAUUGAUUAA